UUGCACCAGUUCCUCACCAAGCAGCCAGACUUGAACUUCUUCAAUGAAGCCGUGAUUAAGGAAUUCGAUGACAUCAUCUUGUUUUGGCUGGACCGCGGCGUCGACGGCUUGCGCUGCGAUGCAGUGAAACACAUGGCUGAGGUUCAGGAUUUGACAAUGAAUGAGCCUCCUUCGGGGAUCGAUGGUGUAACUGAUCCGACUGAUUACGCAUUCUUAGAUCAUAUUUACACGACUAAUCAAGACAAAACCUACGAGGUUUUGCGUCAUUGGCGACAACUUCUUGACGAUUACUCUGCUUUCAACGGAGAAACCAAGGUUAUGAUCACGGAAGUUUAUGAAGGAGACGUGGACAAACUGAUGGCGUACUAUGGCACAGAAGACGAACCUAUUGCCCACUUCACUUUCAAUUUCAAAUUCAUUGAUUAUUUGACGGGAGACCUGACUGCUGGUAAAGUGCGGGAUGCUAUUGCCAAUUGGCUCGACAACAUGCCGUCCUGGGGAUGGGCAAACUGGGUGAUUGGAAACCAUGAUAAUCAUCGAGUUGCCAGCCGAUUCGGUUCCGAGGUGAUCGACGCCAUCAACAUGCUUGUGCAGCUGUUGCCCGGAACUGCAGUGACUUACUACGGGGAAGAGAUC